UCUUUUAAUCUGAAGCGGCGACCUGUGCAAGCUGAAGCGAAUUGGAAGUACAUAGAGCUUACUAAUCUAUACUAUUUCAAAGCAAUAUAAAGACGAAGACGGAGAACCAUGAGUCGUUCCUUUCAACAAUCGUAAACAAAGUGUUUGAGCAAUCAGAUGUACGAGGUGUAAUAAUCAAAAGCGGCAUAUCAGAAGUCUUCAGAAAGAAAGUAUUCUGUCUUCAGAAAGCUGUCAAGAAAGCUAGUAAUCGUGGCGGAAGUUGAUGUUUUCAGUAUUAACGUUAUUACAACAUUACUACAACAUGGAAGCUCCUGGAAAUAAAGUUGAAGUUUCUAACGACUUAACGGAUGGCAAGGCUGUUAAACAUCCCAGUGGGACCACUUCAAGUGUAAAAGGUCCUCAAGUCGAGGCAUCUGCAGCCAAAGGAGACUUCACUAUCCUCAUACUGGGAGAGACUGGUGUGGGCAAGUCCACGUGGAUUAAUGGUAUUGCCAACUAUGCAAAGCAUGAGUCUCUCGAAGACGCCAUGAACGACCCUGAUUUCACUGUACUGAUUCCAUCUAGGUUUACUUUCACGAAUGAAAGUGGAGAAGGGAUGGACAUCGCCUUUGGGUCUGCUGAUGAUAAUGAAGUUCUCUCUAGUGGUCAAUCUGCCACCCAAUUCCCUCAGGAGUACCGACUGGAGACCAGCACCUCAAUCUUCCAUCUUAUUGACACACCGGGCAUCGGGGACUGCAGAGGCAUUGAGAAGGACAAGGAAAACUUCGAUAAUAUCUUGGCCUUUCUUACUUGCUAUGACAAGAUCAACGCCGUGGUUGUGCUUCUCAAGCCUAACAACGCAAGGCUGACAGUGGCUUUCAAGUUUUGCGUCUUGGAAUUGUUGACCCACCUCCACAAGUCCUUAGUUUCCAACAUCAUGUUUGCCUUCACCAACUCCAGAGGAACAUUCUACAGACCAGGAGAUAGCCUUCCAGUGCUAAAAAAGCUCCUCGAUGAGAAUAGUAUCGGGAUAGAUGUCUCUCCUUCGAAUUAUUUUUGUUUUGACAACGAAGCUUUCAGGUUUCUGGCCUGCCACAAGAGUGAAAUUAAGUUCACGGCUGAGGACGUAGAUCUCUACGCAAAAAGCUGGGUGAAGUCGUGUGAUACCACCUGCAGACUUUUCGAACGCGUGAAGAAUAUGACGCCUCAUGAUACUAAGAAGACCCUAAGCCUUAAUGAGGCGAGGAAUUGCAUCAUCGCCCUGAGCAAACCAAUGGGUCAGGCUGUGGAGCUUAUUGAGAUGAAUUUGAAGAAGAUAAAAGAUGUGAAAGGCCAGUGCCAGGCCUUUGAAAAAGACAUCAAGGACUUCCAGAAGGAACUAAAAUUUAAAGGCUUUGAGCUGGAGUUAGAACCCCUUGACUAUCCCAUGACAGUCUGUGCCGCCCCUGCUUGUAAGAGGUAUGUACCCGUCGGCCAAUCAGGUCAGCAAAACACCGUUUAUGAGCAAGUAUGCCAUGAUCACUGUAAUCUCUCAGGAGUUCCAAUCGAGACAACCAAUAAUGACCAGCUUCAUGGCUGUUGGGCUAUGAUUGGUGGAGUGUGCAGACUCUGUGGACACAACUACAGAGAACACAUGCAUAUCCGCUACACAGCCAAUGUCGUUGAGAAGGAAUUCCUGUCUGAGGAAGCUCAGUCGAAAAUCAAGAAGAAAACCGACUUGAAGUCUCAAAAGCAAUUGUUCAUCAGAGAGUUGGCGACGAACAUCCAAGAACUUGAAGAGGAAAAGCAGUUCAUCUAUCGAUGUGCCAGCUACUUUGGUGUCUUCCUCAAGCAGAAUGCCAUGAUUGCCUACAACGACUCCUUUAGCGAGUACCUGGACAUGCUGAUCAGAGAAGAGGAGAUGAAAGAGAAGGUGAUUAGAGACGAAGCAAAGAUUGCCCAAAUGAAGGAGGACAAGAGAACGUAUGAGGAAGAGAAGAAUGUCAUCAUUGAAAAUAUCAAGAAAGUCCCAAUGGAAGGCAAGAAAGCAGAGGUCAUGCCCAUAGAAAAGAUCUACGAAAUGAGAGAAAAACUUUGUUCUCUGAAACACAAUGGAAAGACUCUACGAGAAGCUUUAGAUGGCAUCAUUUCAGCCAGACAGAAGAAUCACAAAACCAAAGCAGCAAGCAAGAGCUGCGUGUAUGCCAAAACCAACAAUUCCUGGCUUCCUGAAAUCUUCAAUAAGAUAAAUCCAUUUAGAUGGGGAAGCAGAAGCAGAGGCAACUUAAGCAUCUCUCAAUACUGAAAGAUUACAUUACAUUGAGGAGAAAACAGAUUAUAAUAUUCAUUUGUGUGUCUGUUACAAGAACCUUUCACGGAUGCAUUUGAAAGUGACAAAAAAGAAAAUGUUUAGUAAUUGCUCAGUUAUUUUGUUACGCUGGUUUAGUGUAGUUUUCGAAUUAGUGUCUUAAAACCAAACCAAUCCAAACGGCCAAAUAGAUUAUUGGUAGAUAGCGCAAAGAGCUAAUCAGAACUUAAAGUAAGUGCACGUGACUGGCCCCCAGCGCGGAUAAACUGACCUGACGCAAGUGAACAAGUCUUGACCAAGUCACAUUUAGUUUUAGCUUGAAUCUGAUUGGCUGAGAGGUUUCCGUUAGUUUCUUAGCAUAUUACAGAGCGCGAUGAAGGGGAAAUUUCCGUGGAGGCUCAGUAAGGACUUGCUCUACUCGGCAAGUAGAACUUUUUUUCGAUUGAGUGUCCUAAGAUCAAAACCGGGAAAACACGAGUGACCUUGGUGCAAUCAGUCAUAGUUUUGCGUCUGUUUGGUUGAGAAGAUAGCGUGGGUUCUUUUUCACCAAUCAAUGAAUGGUGAAACCAGAGCACCAUCGAAAUACCUGCGACACUCAUUUGAAAAUUUCUCUCUUAGGAGAGAACAGUAUAGAAAAAAAUUAAUGUUUGUUUAUAAUCAUGUAAUUCUGAUUUGAGUGCCCUGUGAGUUCAAUGUAACCCCAAUCAAACAUCCCCUUGAGAAUACUUUAAGCUACAAUAUAUUCGGUGCGCUGUCCAGUAAUGGACCGGCCAUACUAAUAAUACUCUUUUAGCGACGACUGAGCCCCCUCCAUCUUCCCCCACUCCCCCUCCCCCCCCCCCAUGCGAAGAAUCAUCACUGAUCUCUCAUCAAAAACGAUAUAUAAGACGAUUUUGGUAAGCAAGUAUUAAGCGUGGAUAUGACUCAAAUAUUUAGACAGAUAUAUAUAUAUAUAUUUUUUUCUUUUAUUUUUUGACACAGUUGUUUUUAAUAGUUAGCCAGGGAGUAAAAUCCCAAGGAAGUCUGGGUAACUGCAACCACGUUUCGUAUAAUCCGUAGAAUUCGUCCUAAAUUUGCUUAAGUGUCGAAGAUGACCGCCAGGUUUUGGAGCCAGAGAAACAUAAUUGACCGCGCCCAAAAACGUAAUUCCACUCCCUUCAAGGGAGCAGAGAAACGUCCAUCUGUUUUACGUUCAUUUCCCGGAAUACUCAGGAACUGCAGUCACUUGUGCCCCGCUAUGGAUGAUAAUAUGUUAAGCAAAAGAGAUUCUUAGGGUAGGGUAAAAUGAGUUGAAAAUAAACUUUGUU